AUGCACACAGAGUAUGACAGUGAAUCAAUAGAAUGCAAAAGAAACAAGGGAGAAGAGGUUCUUGCCAAAGAGAUCGUCAUCCGUGAUAUAUUGCACAAGAACUAUGGAGAAGUGAAGACUAUUUGGGAGGAUAUUCUUAAGACCGUAAACGAUGUUGAUCGUGGUGCUGGUGAUGUUGUGCUAAUAUCAAUCAAGAAAAAAUAUAAUGCUUUGAUAAAGAAGUUCAAAGAAAGACAGUCUUGUGUGCCUAAGUUAUUCCAUUUGCAGAUGGCACUUUCUGAGAAAGACAGACUCAUGAUGGAGCUCAUUGAUCUGAUAAUAAAUACAUAA